AUGGUAGAAAGUUUUCCGAGAGGAGAUUUGAACUACCGUAACAUGGUACAUAUUUGUAUCUUCGAUGCCACUAUUCAAGAAUUCACUGACAAAGGAGUGGAUCUCGUGAGUACUUUGAAAGGACUUGGUUACGAAGCAUUCGUCACCAAUGUGCUCGUUCCUCCUCAUAACGUUUCGAACUAUGGUGAUGUUAACGAUGAGAUCUCUUCGGAGACCACAUAUCUUCACGGCACAGUUGCUCGAUUGAAAAGGAGAAGCAGUAGGAUAGCAAUAAAUAACGAAGAAAAAAGCAUUAAGGGUAUUCUGCAGAAAAUGGAUGCAGCGAAACAUAAGAAAGGAAGGCGGGGAAUUCGUUCUGGUAACCGGAAGCCAUCGCACAAUGGUCUGCAUAAAAGAAAAGAAAAACUUGGGCGUAGUGAAAACGCUACUAUCAAAGAUGUUGCGAAGAGAAGAUCGGUCCGUCACCCGACAACUACCAUUGUAUGCAAUUUUCCUGGUUGUAAGACCAUCAGAUUACGUUGGAGUGGUAUCAGGGAUCUUAAAGAUCACGUUAGAGUGCACUGGGGAAAGAGUGUGCUGAAGUGUCAACAUUGUGACACAGUGCUGUUGACAACCCAAAGGUACUACAACCACUUUAGAAAGUACCAUGAAGGAGAAAGAAAGAAGAAAAUGGGGUUCCUGGAAACGGAGCAAGAUCGCAAUGAGCUUCGAGGUGUUUGGGAGCAAUGCUUUCCAGAUGUAGCUUUCCGCUAG